GUCGACUAUAAAAUACAGUAUAUUUCUCAUUUUCAUCUUACUUUAGACUUUUAUACAUAAAAGUUUGAAAAAGAUGAGAAUAAGAAGGUGGACUUUAGAAGUUUUAGUGAACGAAAUACCUCUCCGAGAAUAUGUAAUUUCUGAUUCAGUACUUGGAGCCAGUGCAUCUAACGUAUUGAAAUCAUAUGUGUUCGAAGGAAAUCGAAAGAAAUUUUGCGACUCGGCUACUUUUAUUGCAGUUCCAGGACCUGGAACAUAUUAUAGUAUAGUGGUUUCUCCAAGCAUAAGUAAAAUCGCACCCAAAAUUUAUGUAGAUGGUAGAAAUGACGAUUCUUAUGUAAAAAGUAGUGAUUCAUCAUUUAGCAUCGUUAAAGGUUUCCAUAAUAGAAAUAGAACUAUAAGAUAUGAUUUCAUUUUCGACAAAACAGAAUGGAUUGAAACGGAUAUUCCACAAAGAACUAAAUAUGGUGGACUUGGUAUAAUAUCUGUUUAUUUCUAUAAAGUCAAAGAAAGGUAUGAAUCAUCAAGAAAUUAUAGUUCGUAUUUGAGCUAUGAUCUAAACAAAGAUUUUAAAGGAGUAAAGAUUCCAGAAACUAAGAAAUAUUUUGACGUGGCUCUUACCACAAAAUUUCCGAAGGCAUAGAAUGUUACGGUGAUCGCUCAUCAUAUAAAAUAGUAAGAGAUGAUGAACCAUUGGCU